CCUGCGCACACGAUGGCGCGCAAGUUUUGAGUUUUGUGGAUUUCCAACCAGCCAGUAAUUUUUUUCCCCAUUGCUAGCUACGUGAAUACAAUGGAGUUAAUUUGCUAAUGUUGCAAUGUCGAAAAAAUCUAACCCAUCGCGGUUAGAUAUGAAUGCUUCCUCUGAAAACGAUUCUUCAAAUUCUGGUCGCAGCGAUCGGAGUUUGCGAGUAGCAGAGAAUUCAAGAAAAAAGAGAGAGGCGGAAGAUCCAUUUCUGUUAGCGUUGAAGUACUUCUCCAGAGUUGAAGAAGGCACCCCUUGGCGAGGGAACGAUGUGCUGGAGAGACACAUGGCAGUGGUGGAGCGGGUGGCGCUCAGUCAGGGACUUCCUCCGGAGGCCAUAACCGUCAUGCUGGAUUUCGCCCUGAGCUUGCGUAUGAGAACACAGUUUUGUGUGCGCACGCUGAAGAUUUUGAUCCCAGCAUCUGCGGUGCCACAGGAUGCUGUUAUCCAAGGAGUCUCCUGGUUAUGUGUUGGAAAGAUGACCGUGAGCAUGCAGGUUAUGUUCCUUCGCUGGGUGCUCACAGUUUUUGACCUGAUCGACUCUAAGGACCAGCUGCGGGCCAUCUACGGCUUCAUCUUCAGCUUUGUGACUGAGGAGAGUCUGUGUCCUUAUGUCUGCCAUUUGCUGUACCUGUUGACCCGGAAGGAGAGCAUUCGACCUUACAGAGUGAGGAAACUGCUGGAGCUUCAGACCAAAAUGGGCAAACAGCCAUUCUUGAUGCACCUGCUGGCCCUGUACAAAAUCUUCUCCCCGGAGUUGGUUACUCUGUCUUUUCCAUCGAAGAUGAAGAGCGGCUUCAAGAACCACAACUCCACCUGGAAGGCGGCGUUGAGCGCCGUGCAGAGGAGGAACAAUGUGGAAGUCACCUCUGACCUUCGCCUGACCUUCGGUCCGAGGGAACAGCCUGUCUCUAAGAAAAGGAAAAUGCGCAGUCACCUGACCAUGCCGGCCUUGAGCUCCGUGCCCCAGAGCGGCUCCUCUGGCAGGAAGGCCCUCCCCCUGGAGCAGCUCCGGGCCUUCCCCCAACUCCUGGAGAACCUUGAUCGCAUCGAGCUUCCUGCUCAGAUGGGCUCUAUGCUGGGCUCCUCCCUGGCUCUCCACUACCUGGACUGUGUGAGGGACAGCUCGGCCUUCCUCAGGCUCAACUUCUGGCUCGGCCAUGCUCUCCACGAGGAAUUUCUGUUCUGCAGAGAGGCCAGUUCUCAGAACACGGUGGAGGGUACACGCUUCCUAAACACAUUGAUCUCCACACAGCGCCUCCUACAGGAGGGUUUCUCCAGCACAGAGGUCUUCUUGUACCGGUUCCUGCGGGUUUGGGACGGCUCCCUGCUCCGCCCCGAGAUCCUCACCCUGCUGAGUGACAUCCCUGUGGUGCCCAGCUCACGUAUCAAAGACCUCCUUUUUGAGCCUUUGAUGCAGCUUUUCUUCACAUCCUCUCUUUUUUUCAAGUGCAGUGUCAUUGAGUGUCUGAACAGCAUGCUGCUGAAGUGGCUGACCUGGCACUCCGUGUAUGCUCUGGAAGAUGAACUCGACAUCAGUGUCAGCAGCCAGAACCCAGUCAACAUGACUCUGUCUGGGCUGAUGGACUCGGUGGUGGAGCUGGUCCAGUUCGUGGGACGGAUCGCCACCAUCGGGCUGCAGCUGGAGGGGUACCACACCCUGCUCCUCAGCUUCACCCUGGACUUCUAUGAGACGGUGUGUGACAUGUACCUGAAGUAUAAUCUGCCCCUGGUGCUCAUGCCACCAGCAGGAGUGUUCUACCCUGCCCUGCUGUCCACCAGCCCUGUCAGCGUAGAUCGGCUCUGUCACGUCAUGCACAAGUACAGAACAAAUCUGGUCUCUGCCAAGCACCAGGAAAAGCAAACUGAGAAGCCCUUUCACAUCAGCAGAAAGACGUACCGCAAGUUCAACCAGUACGUGGUGUCAAUAGUGAGCUGCCUGUGGAACUCCAGGGCCUUCCAGCCUGGCAUGGGCAUCGAGUUGGGCGAAGACCUCCUGACGCGGAGCAAGGUGUCGGAGUACUGGGGCGCCUUUAAUCUCAUCCACCACCCCGCCUUUGUGAGCUAUGCCAUAGACUUCCAUCAGAAGUGUUGGCCAGAGAGGAAAGAGCUGGACCUGAAUUCAAUAAAGGCGGGGAGGCGUUGGGACUGGUACACAGAAUUCCUGUUUUGUCGAGGGUUCCAGGGCGUCAAAGAGUUCGUCCAGAACAGCUUCAGCCGCCGGUCAUCCAUCAGGGAGGUUGGAACCGACUCCCAAUAGCUCCGCAAACUGCCGUGGCAGUAAUGGAGAAAGCCGUGGAUUUAAAAACAAUUAGCUUCAUUUGUACAAAAACAUAAAAAACAAACAAAAAAUUUGAAUUUUUUUUUUUUUUUUAAUCACAUUUUUGUAUAUACUCUUUAGCUGUACUUAGACCAAGGUAGGUUUAUUAAUAUCAUUUUAACCAAUCUUUCUCUGUAAAUAGCCAGACCUUCAUAAGUGUACAUUUCCUGUGGCUGAACUCUGUGGCGCUGCUCUUCUCUGUGUUGUAUAUUUGUCCUGUGCUUGCUUGGUAUUAUGAAUGCGGAACUAUAAAAUAAAUUAAAAUUGAGAAAGUGAGAA